AUGCCUUACUUUGCUCAGAGGCUUUACAAUACUUGCAAUUCGUCAUUCUCUUCAGACGGACCAAUAUCAGAGGAGGCUCUGGAGAAAGUUCGUAAUGUCUUGGAGAAAAUCAAGCCAUCUGAUGUUGGAAUCGAGCAGGAAGCUCAAUUGGCACGGACCAGGUCUGGUCCUCUCAAUGAACGUAAUGGAAGCCAGUCUCCCCCUGCAAUAAAGUAUCUUCAUUUGCAUGAGUGUGACAGUUUCUCUAUAGGAAUUUUCUGUAUGCCACCUUCCUCUAUGAUCCCACUUCAUAACCAUCCGGGCAUGACCGUGCUAAGCAAGCUCGUUUAUGGUUCAAUGCAUGUGAAGUCAUAUGAUUGGCUAGAGCCUGACCUUGCUGAACCAGAAGAUCCAUCACAAGCAAGACCCGCUAAACUGGUCAAGGAUACUGUGAUGACAGCUCCAAGCCCAGUAACCACAUUAUAUCCGACAAGCGGUGGCAACAUUCAUUGUUUCAAAGCCAUCACCCAUUGUGCUAUUAUUGAUAUCUUAGCUCCACCAUACUCUUCAGAUCAUGAUCGGCAUUGCACUUACUUCCAGAGAUCCAGAAGAGAAGAUUUACCCGGUGAAAUUGAAGUGGACGGGGAAGUAAUCUCGGACGUGACUUGGCUUGAGGAAUUUCAACCGCCCGAUGACUUUGUGAUACGACGAGUACCGUACAGAGGUCCUGUCAUUAGAAGAACUUGA